GUGAAACCUCCAGCGUAAAUUCCAAAUUUCUUCCACUUCUUAGAUCUUUGGGCGUUGGUUUUCAAUAGAGUAAGACGCAAAAGAAAUUAGAUUCAGGAAACUAUGGCAACUAUGGCACCUACUACACAUUUGUCACAAUGGCAACAAGUGACGAUGACAGGAAAUGAAAAGGUGGAUGCUUAUAUCAUGCAACACUAUCACGACCAAGGAAUUGAUCUAACUGUUCGAGAAAAAUGUGCACUUUUGAUAGAAAGCCGGUAUAUGGAAUGGAAGACUGUAAGCACCCCAAAUAGCCAAUCAGAUGACAUCAAUUAUGCUGUUCCUCUUGUGCAAGAAUUAGCGAAUGAAUGUUUCAAACAGAAGGACAAACUCAGCAAUUCACAGCAAAAUAAUUACGUCGCAAUACAAACUCUGGCAAGUUUUGGUAAAAAAUUACAGCAGGAGAUUCAAGACCAGGGGAGUGCAGUUCAGUUUGCAGCAAGAAUGAGCCAUUGUCUGCAGAUGGAGAGAGACAUUCUUGAUCAGAUUAAAAAAAAUCCGAAAGGAGAAAUUGAAAUUGAAAGCGAGAUGGAGAAAAAAAUCAAGAUGAUUGAUUUACAAUUAAGGGAUAUUGAAAAAGGCCUUAAGGAUCUCGGAGAACUGCAGAAAGAAGUCAGAGCCAAUAAUGUUGAAUUAACAAAUCAGAUGGAGAACUGUAAGAGGAAAAUUCAGGAACAAGGGAGACAAAACAAUACUAAUAAAGUCAAUGAGUUGAAGAGACAACAACAAGAAAUCAAGCAGAAAAGGGACAAUGAAUUUAAUAUGAAAGCCGUCAGCAUUCUGCAAGUGAGACAGCACCUUUCUGGGAAAUGUGCAACUUUAGUACCGGAUACUGAAACUCUCAAGAACCAGAUGUUGAAAGAGAUAGACACGUGGCAGAAAGUUGAGAAAAUGAAAGUCGUUAGCAAAAUUACAAAUCUAUGGCUAACUUCGCCUGAAUUAAAAAAGGCACACACUAAGACCCAAUUGGAUGACAUUGAAACAAGAUGCAGCAAGCUUGCAAGAACCUUAUGGAAACUUUUCCAAUGUACACAGUCAUUAAAUCAGAUGGUCUCCGAGUUGAACCUUACAACACAAGAUGGCAGCAGCCAGAACAUUGCGGCUGACGUGAGAAAACUACUUGAGGAUGUCCACGCCAACUUCUCUAGUCUUUUGGAAAAGUCUCUUGUCAUUGAGAUCCAGUCAUUGCAAGUCCUUGUGAUGUCCAGUACAACUAAUGGCACUUCAGAGAAUGUCAACUUCACACUGAGGCUGUUAGCUGGUAGAGAUUUGGACAUUGGGAAAAUGAUGCCACAAGCCAUCAGUGCUGGUUUCUACAGUGAGAAAGAGUUAAUGCAUGCAGAGAGACUUGACACAGAUAAACCAUCAUUACAGCUGACCAAUAAUAAUGCCAAUCUAGCUCCCCAGGGUUACACAAAGUCAGUGGUUGCGUCGUUCCAGAAUAUGAGAGUGACAAAAUUCAGACGUGGCAAACGAGGGGCGCAAGAAGUGGGAGAACAGAUGUAUGGAGUUCUUUUUCAGGCAAACAUCAAACUUGGAGAAAUCAUGUACACUGUUAAGACUAUCUCAAAGCCUCUCACACUGGUUGUAAAGAGUUGCCAAGAACCCAACUCAUUGUGUAAUCUGGUUUGGUAUAGCGCUUUCUCUGAGCCGAAUGCUCUUCCCUAUAAGUAUCCCUCAGACACUCUUUGGAGGAAACUUGCCUGUGUUUUAAACAAUAUGUUUCAUAAUCACAAUGGAAAAGGCCUUGAAGAAAGACAUAUCAACUUUCUACGUUUUAUGGCUUUCAAUGGGUCAGAUGUGGACAAUGAAUCUUGUAUCACAAGAGAGAAAUUUUGUAAGGAUCGUAUGAAUGGCAAAGAUUUCACGUUCUGGCGCUGGUUCUACGCAUGUCUUAACCUUACAAAUGACCAUCUGAAAGAGGCGUGGAAAGAGGGACUCGUGGAGGGUUUCAUUAGCGGCCAGGACUGCAUAGCACAACUGGAGGACCCUAACAUUAAAGCACAUAACUUCAUCUUAAGAUUCAGUGCAUCAGAGAUUGAUGAUAACCAGAAGAUGAAGCUCAUUGGAAAGCUAGUUCCAACUGUUAAAAUAGCCGAUGGUUUGGUUCAGCAUAUAGAGCCACAAUCAGGAGAGGAACUUACAAAGAAGGGAAGUCUGGGAAGACUCCUCCUUGAUAUCCCCUCACUUGAAUAUCUUUACCCAGAUAGGCCAGUCCAAGAAACAUUCAAAAACUACACAAGCAAAAAGAAAGCGAAAGACAACCAGGAAUUGAGACCCAAUUACAUUGGAUUGAACCCCAAGGCUGAACUGAAACUCACUGAAGAGGUCUUAGAGCAGAUCAACAACAGGCAGACUGAACCUGACUAUAACAUCCCAUCUGUAAGUUCUAUUGGAAGCCAGUCAGUCCUUGAAGAUUAUGCCAAUGGGGACUCUGUGGAUGAUACUAUUAUGGUCAACAACUACAGUAAUAUUGGUCCAAUGUAUCAAGGAUUUGAACAAAAUCAAGGUGGCCACACUGGUCUUCCUGCAAUAGGUUCAUUGAUGCAGACAAAUUCACUGGAUAUGUCCCCAAGUGAAGUGGCGUCUCUUCUCCAGAAUGUUCUGGACCCUAACAUUGGCGUUCAAGAGGAGGAGGUCGUCAAUAAUGGCGCACUCUCACCUCAACAAAAUGUCAUAGUCCAACCAGUCAACCAUGACGUAUUUAUGCCAAAUAUAACGAACAGCGGCACCAGUUCUGGAGAUAGUUUAAUUAAUUUACUGAACUCCAGCAAUAUUACGCAAAUGGAAGGAGACUACACUUACAAUAAUGAACAAACUCCUCAAUGAGCUUACGCAUUUGAGAUUCAGCCUGAAUGAAGACGUCAGUAUGCUUACAAAUGGUGUUCAAAAAUCUUCAAGGGCUCAUUGCUCGAAAUAAGAUUUCAUUCACAAUUGUUAAAGCCCUGAUGUCCUUAGGCCUAAUAGGGACUCUAAACUGAACUCAAUCUCCAGUAUGCCAAUAGACUUUGUGAAAAAACUCCUCUUGGGGUCAUUGCUGGAUAUCUAUACAUUUAGAACAUGAUGAAUACAACUGACAUAUGCUUAUUAAAAUGUCCCAUUAAUAUUGUAUAUUAUAUUUCUUCCAUGGGAUAUUCAUUGGAUAUCGUGUAAAGUAAAAAUCUUUGCAACAAGUGGAUAAAUGUCAUAUUUUUCCCAAACCUCAAAUGUGCUUCUGAAUCAUCAGAGACGGUACAAAAUCUGAAGGCUCACUCUGAUCUUAAAUAUUGAAUGUUUUUUGCUACUUGACUGAAAACGAGAAGGAAUUGGAAAUGUUACAUUUUCAUCAUUGAUUAUUUGAUUUUUUUUGUGGCGAUAAUUAGAAGUUAAGAAUAUGCGAGUU